UGUAAUGAUACAAAUAGCUGUAAUGAUUACAUCAAGUCUGCUGAUAUGGUAUAAAGCCAACCAUCUGUCAGCAAGACUGAGAAGAUAUACCAAGAUCAAGACUCGGCUUGUCGCAGCGCAAAAAUGGAAGCCACAAGUUUUGGACCUGAAAACGUUACCGGAGUCACGACAGAUUAUACCACUAUUCAUCCUAAGGACUCAAGCAAUGAGAUUUUUUAUUACUGCGCUUGUAUUGUCACCUUUAUAGUGGGUUUCAUUGGAAACGGGCUUGUCAUUUUUCUGGCUGGCUGCAGAAUGAAGACGACAGUCAACUCUAUUUGGUUUCUCAAUUUGGCGAUUGCAGACUUUAUCUUCAUAUUAUCCAUAAUCAUUAAUAUUCACAACUUUUCUCUGAACUCAUUAAGUUCUGGUGCAUCGAGAGAAUGGAACAUCGUAUUUUCGAUGAUGAUGAUAAACCUAAAUCUGCGUGCUAGCAAUUUUUUCCUUAUAGUUAUCAGUCUGGACCGUUGCCUGUGCACGUGGAUGGUUGUUUGGGCUCAAAAUAAUCGAACUCUCUUUAGAGCCAGGAUCAUCUGCUUGAUCGUGUGGGUUUCAUCCAUCGGCUGCACCAUCCCUCUCUUCUAUGUGAAUGUGAAACCUAUGUUUCAGAUUGCAUUUGAUUUUUUAGUGGACUUUCUCGCCCCCUUCCUGAUCAUUGCAUCUGCACACAUUGCUAUUGGAGUACGAAUCAAACGCCUCAAAAUGGGGAAGCAGCUCAGAUCGUACAGGGUCAUUUUUGCUGUUGUCCUGACUUUUUUCAUAUGUUGGUUCCCAUACCAUGUUUGCAGUUUUUGUUUAAUAACUGCAGACAAUGAUACAUUGAGUGAAUAUUGGAAACCAUUGCAAUUCAGUCUCUAUCUGAUUUUUCUAAACGGCUGUCUGAACCCCAUUCUCUAUGUGUUCAUGUGUGAUGAUUAUAAGAAGAAGCUUAAACAGUCUCUGCUGCUGGUGUUGGAGACGGCAUUUGCUGAAGAUCAUCUGGACUUUAGAGAAAGGCAGAUGCAAGAGGACGAGUAGAACAAGACGAACUCUUUUGAAAUGUAGAAAAACUCUACAUAGUCUCUAAAUGAUUGUGACUACCAAAACUAUAAAUCUCACCAUUACAACCACUGUAGUCAUUAUGCUUUUAAAAAGCAAUUUCAAAAUUCAAGUUUGUGGUACGACUGUAUAAUUUGAGUUUUAACCAAAUGGGGAA